AUUGGUCACUCCUCACCAUCGCUUGUCGUUUUGAUAGCAUACGACGAAUUUACUGUUUAAAUGAGAAGACGUAUUUCUAAUUGAGAUUAACAAUAUUCCAUUGUUGUAUUAAAUUGUAUGUGCCGCGGAUCUUAAAGUGGAUGGCCUCUUGCCCAGGCAUCGAUUUCGAAACAGUUGCAAAGAUUACUGUGGAAUGAUGCGUGAGGGUUGGAAAUUGUGGAGCAACAGCUCAGAGGGUCACAGCAGUGAUCCCGAAGAGGAUGAUGAAGAAGAGAUGGCGUUCGGAGACAUUGAGGAAGACUCCGAGGAGAUGAUGGACUUGAGUGAUCUACCUACAGCUCUGUUUGCCUGCAACGUGCAUGAGGCUGUGUUCGAGGAGGACAGGCAGAGGGAGCGGUUUGAGGCUCUGUUCAGGAUCUAUGAUGAGCAGACAACCUUCCAGAUGUUCAAGAGUUUCAGAAGAGUUCGGAUCAGCUUUAGCACUCCAGAGGCUGCUGCUCGCGCACGCAUCGAGCUCCAUGAAUCCGAUUUCAACGGCACUAAACUAAAACUGUACUUCGCACAGGUGCAGAACUCAGGGGAAGAUGUGGACAAGACAUACCUUGCCCCACCUCAACCUGUCAAGCAGUUCCUCAUCUCUCCACCUGCGUCCCCACCUGUGGGAUGGAGCCAGAGUGAAGAUGCCACACCACUGAUCAACUACGACUUGCUGUGUGCUGUGGCCAAACUGGGACCAGGUGAGAAGUACGAGCUGCAUGCGGGGACAGAGUCCACUCCUAGCGUGGUGGUCCAUGUGUGUGAGAGCGAAAAUGAGGAAGAGGAAGAAGCCCGGCCAAAAACCAGGAUUGUCCAGACCAGACGCCCCGACGGUCCCCCGAAAGUCUACAACUAAAACCUUUGGCACACUUUAAACGUUUCUCUCUCUCUGUGUCUCUUUCUCUCAUCCAGGGAAAGGCAUGCUUUAUUUCAAUAACAAAAAAAGCUAAACUAAGAAAUGGAUGGAUUUGAAGGGGUGCUCCGUGCACAGGUGACGUGUGGUGUUCUGAACUGGACUCGUGGACUGAACACACUGUCUCACUGCUGCCUCACGGGACAGCCAGGGGGCGAUGAGCUUGCAACCCCCCUCUCACAAUAAUAGCAUUCAUUCCCUCAUUUAGAGUCUUUGUACUGUAGCGCUGAAGAGCAGUAAAUGUAUUUAACAGUCGUAGAAGUAGGUUACAUGUAAACUUUGUUACUGUUUGUCACUUUAAAUGAUCAUCAAAGAAAAUAAUGCUUUAAAAAAGGAGGCAGACCCAUUCUGCUUUCUCCGUUUCUCUCGAAGACAGCCAUGUCCGCGUUUUUUCUCUAUAACGGUCAGGUUGGCAUACCUGCAGAGGUGGUGCGGCUCGCUGGGAUUGUGAUCCAUGUGCGUAUUUAUGCCUGUUCAUACCAUGCUAGAAUGGGAUGACAAGUUGUUUAACGGAAAUGGUAAGAAUGAAGGUGUCGAUUGAAGUGUUUCUGUAAUGUUGGUUUUGACGAGAGGGUGUUUACUAAGUUAGAUGUGUAUUAUUCUUACUGUGUAUUUGAUACCACACAUUUUUGCAUGCUUACUGGCGUAUUUUACACUCUAUGUUAAAGCAACUUUAAGCGUAUCUGAUCGCUGUCUUUGAGAGUGAUUGGCCUUGGAAAGCAAAGAAACAGUUGUCAGGUGUAAAGUUUAACAUUUUGUAUUUGUAUAGCGCAUCAUUCACUUGCAGGCCAGACAAACAGUUAGGAAAAAGCACAUGGUUUGGGUCUUGGUUUCACAGCAUCUCUGUUUGGCGUGCUUCUGCAUCACUUGCAUUGUUAAGCACUGACAAUGUUUGGUGUUAUGCAUAUCUCCAUAGAUUUACUGAAUCUACAUUGACAUGCUCCAGUUUGGAAAUGAAAAACAAUGUGCUGAGUGACUUGGCCCAGAACCACUGUGUCAACACUCGACUACCGUCAUAUCAAUGUUAAUUGUUAAGUUGUGUAUUUUGCAUUGACAGAUCAAAUCAUAAAGGGAUUAUCCACCGAAAAAUGAAAAUUCUGUCAUCACUUACUCAUUUACUCUAAAUGUAUGACUUUCUUUCUUCUGCAGAAAAUAAAAUAAGAUAUUUUGGAGAAUCCUGGCAACCAAACAGUUUUGGUGUCUUUUGACUUAUAUUGUAUGGACACUGAGAAAUUUCUCGAAAUGUCUUCUCUUAUGUUCCACAGAAGAAAGUCAUAGAGGUUCGGAACAAUUUCAGGAUGAGAAAAUGUACAUUUUUGGGUGAACUAUCCCAGUUCCUCUUUUUUUAAUAAUUCAUACCAAAAUGGUUAAAAUAGAUGAAAAUGGAUGUAUGAAAAUGUCAUUUUAAGGUGUGUUUUAGUAAUAAUGUACAGUCAGUGAAGUAGAAUGUAAUGAUUGACCAUCAGAUUGAGGAUUGCAGAGAGAUUUGUAAUGAUGGUGGUUAAAUUAGCCUUACAAAAAAAAAAGUCACAUUUUAGUCAAAAGAAAAGAAAAGAAAGAAAAAAGUGAAAUAUUGAGUGAUAUUCAGUCAUAUUUUGAAAUGUGAUAUCAUGAUGAUGUAAUCACAUUAAAAAGAAAUGACUGUGAUGUUCAUGUGACUUUAUAAAUUGCCUUCCUCCCUUGCUUACAUGUGAGAAAAAGAUUUCAAGUGUUUUGUUUAAAAGCCAAUCCUUCAGCGACGAAGGACUCCUUUAGCAAAUAACUUAAGAAAUAAAUCUAUCAGAAUUUAACUUUUUUUAUUUUGUACUUCUGCAUGCUGUGACUUUUCCAUAGAUGCAGUCUUUCCUGUUUGUAUCUCACUCUGAAUGCAGCCCU